AUUGUCCCCAAGGGACAUAGACCCGAUCUCGGGACUUCCGUGACGUUGGUCUUCCCAAGAAGAGCAGUGCUACCUCCGGUCAUAUUCAUUUUACCGUACAUCCGAACGCAUGCCCGAAUCCUUCAAGUUACAAAAUGCAUUUGGCAUCGGACUUUUUAGUCUCUUCCACUCCAACUCUGGAACCAGACGCUAAAGAUUGCAAGCUGCAUAAUUCUUACGACACUCAAAGCUGCAUUUUGGCUGCAAUAGCCAUUCUGCUGGGAUCGCUCAUUUGCUUCUUUGGAUACCGGAUAUUCAAGUUUAUGCUUUUCUUAGCUGGUUUCCUAACAGGAUUUUUCUUCACCUAUAUGUUAUGCUCUGGAUAUCUCGCGGAACAUCUAUCUGGGAAAUCUCUGGAGCACAAAGAUCAGAUAUUUCUUGGUGCUUCUGUUGGUGUUGGGAUCAUUGCAGGGCUAUUGACACUGUGUAUUUUUUAUCUGGGACUUUUUAUUCUUGGUGCAACCAUGGGAUGGUUUGUGGGCAUGGUUUGUCUGCCACUUCUCUAUAAACAUUCAGAAUACCUGUCUGAACACAGCUGGCUGCCUUACAUUGUUCUUUGUGCUUUUGCCAUUGUGGGAGGAGUCCUUAUUCUCUGCAUACAGAGGGUGGUAAUUGUAAUAGCCUCCUCAUUCCUGGGAGCUUUUGGUUGUAUUAAUGGCCUUGACUACUUUGUGGAGAACAGCAGAUCACUCUACUACUCAGUCAACAUUCUGCAUGGCCAUUUUGACAAGUCAGAUUUGCCCACUUGUUGGUACACAUGGCUGAUUUUGUGUCUUAUCCCAGUCAUGUUCAUUGGUGGAUUGGCUGUGCAGCUUGGCAUUACUGGAAAAGGCAGAGAUCAUAGAGAAGCUUAUGGAAGACGCUCACGUGUGCACCCUUAUGGCACUCCCAUGACAAAUCAUGCUGACCAGCAACCUAUCAUAGAUGAUGUUGACUAGAAGUCUUAUUCAGGAGGAACUCACCCAUUCAGAAUGAGUGUUGUAGUAUCACUGAAUGAUAUUUUUAAUGCAUUUGUUAACUUUGAGAGAAAAUUUUGUUUAUAACUUAGUACACACUUUUUUUGCAUUCAAAAAUAAUUCUGUGAACAGUUCUACUUAAGGUUUUUAGUCUGAGAACAUACUUAGAUAUUUUAUCAGUCAGGUCGAUGCAUAAGGUAUAUGGAAAAAGGGUACAAGCAACUGAAAAAAGAGAGUGAUCAUGAAAACUUUCUGAUAGUAAUCUGGAAGGAGAUUAAUGGAGCUGUUUUUUCUUUUUUUUAUUUCGAGUUUCAUUGAUAUUUAUACAUGUUACAGUUUUAAAAAAAUGCUCACUUUUUUAUCCAAGUUAGUUUCUAGAUAUCACAAGGGCUCAAUUUUUCAUACCAACUAUUUUUGUUCUACACACCCACACCCAAAGAAACAAAAGCAAAGUCAAGGUAAAUUUCUGUUUAAGUUGAAAAUUAAAGAGAACUUCAAUAAAUUGAAAUGGUGUUUCUUUUAUUUAUUAGUAAAGUGUGUUGUCCAAUGAAAGUACCUUAUUUUAUGAAGAUGGGAUACACAAAUAUUCAAAUAAAAAAAGAUGAGAUAUACAGGGGGUAGGAUUUUGAGGGUUAAGGUUCAGGUAAGAGGGUCAAAGGAGUAUAUUUUCCACUUGGAAGGACUUGGAAGUUGUUCAAGGAGAGGACCUUUUAAUUUUGGUUUUCAGACAAAGGUACAGCUGAAGGCUAAAAAUCCUGAUUCUUUUAAGACAACUACAACGACAAACAAUUACUUAAUCUCUAACUAAAUACCUAAAUACUUAACCUUCCAAGACCAUGCAGAAAAACUUCUCUUUGUUCUCAGUCAAUUUUCAACAAUCUUGUAUCUUAUAACAAUGACAAUCCCACAGCCACACCCAACGUAGGUUGCCGAUAUUAGGGGUUAGGUCUUUAAGCCAACUCUGAGCUGUAUAUUUCUCCCUUGCUGACUCCAAGUUAGCUCAGUCCCAGAUUGUCUACUGUCGCCUGCCUCUAGUUCCUGACACCACAUGUUUCAGGCCCAUUUCCAUUUUCAAGUAGGGAUUCCUUUGUGGUUUAAGAUCUAUGCAAUAUGAGUGACAGAAAACUACCUACCUUGAGAUAAAUUUGAACUAAAAUAGAUAGGAAGCUUGCCAGAAAACUUGAAAGAAACUUAGGAGGUUACCAGAGUCUAGCUGUGUUAGUAUGUUGAAGCUUCAUUCACCCCAAAAUAUGCUACAUGUAAUUUUUUCUACCUUAUUUGUUUUGACCUUGAUUGCCCUGAUCAGUUCUCCUCCCCGGACGAUCAACAGGAUCAGAAAAAGUAGGGUCAGAUUUCUGAAAAUGGAGAGGAAGUUUGAUUGCAUUGAUUAUUUCAUCGAAAACAGAUACCCAAGAUCAAAAACUCAUGAAGAACGUAACCAGUGUCGCGAAGUAUUUCGAAAGUCCCGCGAGCUGUGUCGUCACAAACUGCACUGUUAUCAUUCAGUUGCGCGCGCAAGGUUGGCGUAAUGUAUGACUUAUCCCAACCGAAGUGAUCUCUUCGAGCGCCAACAGGAAUAGUCUGAGAACAUAUUGCGUGGACAGAUACAUCAAGUGUACACUGUGGUUAACAGUAGAGCGAUAUUGGGAACUGCCUUUUGGUCAUAAACGUUGAAUUUAUCGAGCAUCAUGUUGGACAAACCUUACAGAAAGACGUUGCCAAACUUGAGAUGAUCUCAAACGAAGGCUGGCCUCGCGAUGUAUGAAUAAUUUAGCUAUGUUUACGACGAGUACUUGAUCUAUGUAUCUGAGACCGGGAUUGAAAAUUGCUGACUAUAGAUGUCUCAAACAGAACGUUUUAUUGAUAUACCUUUUGCUUUGGUGAGGACAUCUGGAUUUAAAUUGAACUGAUCUUAAGUUGUGAUGAUUUAUUCCGCUACGGAAGAUGGAUGUAAACAAAUGUCACGCCUGGCCGAAGAGCACUUUCACACAAGCAGCUGCAGCGAUGGAUCGAUUUUCCUCCUGUGUUCACAUUUAUUUACCAUAUGGUAAAGCUUCUUUGCGAAAGUAAACUACUGCUUAUUAUGACAGAUUCCACUGCAAGUAUUCUGCCUAUCAGGAGUCUCGGUGCACCAGUUACACAUCAAAGUAAUUGUUAUUAUCUUCGAUCAUGAUAUUGUACCUUGCGAUUGCGAUUAUCGACGAUUAAACCUCAAGGAAUCUA